AUGUUCGUAUUGAAAACUCUCAGUUUGGCGCAGGCGCAAGCUAUCGAGCAUAUAAACCACAUCUUCGCUAAAACCAUGCAAGGGAAUGGAUCAAAUUACUGGCAUUCUGCCUUCACCCCCACGGUUGUUGACGCCCUCUCCGGCGUCCAAUCCGUAUCAUUGUUCCUGCAAGUACGCGGAUGGCUAGCUUCUGGCUUUCGCCAUGACUUCUGGGACCUCAACUCGACGCCCGUUGGGCGUUCCCCAGCAUGGAACGACCACAUUCAAGUGUAUGGGCUUACACGCCUCCGCCUCUUGCCUAAACUUCGUCAUGUCAACGUAGCUCUUUAUUCACGCCCUGAUGCGGUCUUCGACGGCUUGAGCAGACCAGGGUGGAUCCAUGAGCCAGUAGCCGAUAAUGACCGAGAAAUCUACGUGCGGUCACUUCAAGAGUUGCUUUGCGCCCCUUGGGACGAUGCUUCACAGAGGUCCUAUGAAGAAUCUGAGAUGAAGGAACUUCCAUGGCGCAUUUCUUGGCAGCAGAUGAUGAGACACAAGAGACCUUUCCAAAGGAAGAGGUCAAACAUAAAACUAGAAACGUGGUGUGCGGCCUUUGUUAUCGGCGGCCGUAUCCCUCACCCCCGUUCCACCCCAGCCUCGCGCCAAGCCGCCUCCUCCGUCCCGAACCGCGCCCUCAAAAAAGAGAAAGCCACCACACAUAGAAACGUACACGGCGGGCGCCCAACUGCCCUAGCCACGCUUCUGAUGCGACUCCGCCACCGUCUCACGUCUCGUAUUCAAGCGCCACUCUUCCCAUAUGCACCCGGUGAUGCUCCGACCUCUGGCUGGACCCGGCGCCGGCCAGGAUUGCCAGCCCCGCUGCGUUUUGGCCGCGAAUGGCAAGGACAUGGAUGGCGAGAGGUGCCGCAAAGGCGGCGGAACGUGUUGGCAGACAGUCGGGCCCGCUGUUUAGUGGGCUGUCUUGUCCUGCGACUGCGAACGCGCGAGGGUGCAGGGCGCGCCGCGGAUGCGCGGGAGGGAGAGCGUGGGCGGGCUGGGGAGGGCUUUGGAGAGGCGGGCGGCGUUCGAGCCGAAGGCGUAGGAGGCUUUGUGCAGAGGUGGUAG